GAGAAAGUGUAUAUGUACACAACACAGGGAAGAGAUCAUAGAAAUGGCCGUUGUUUGAGGACGUCGAACAAGCACGACGAACCACGAGCUCUAAAAAAAAAAAAAAAAACCCAACCCAUCGUCUCCAUCUCCAACAUGCCACUUCUCUGCUCAUCACCUUUCAUGUUUCUUCUCUCUUUGCAUUGUUUUUGCUUUUCUCUUUCUAAUUAGCAUUUGAUAUUAUUAACAAAUUAGCAUGCUUUCCUCCUUCACUAAAGACGCAUAGCUAACCGCCACCAGCAUAACCCUCUACUACUCACCGUCCAUCCACCACUGCUGCUACUACUACCAUCACCACUCACUACCCUUUUCUUUAUUUUCCUUCUCUUCUUGUUAUCAAGAUUCAUAAGCAUCCAAAAUCCAUGGCUACAACAGCGUCUUUUAUAGUAUAGUAAUUAGUUAAUUAAGAAAAAGGAGGAGAGAUAGGUUCAUAGGAGGUCGUGUUGUGGUUGAGAGAGAGAGAGAGAGAGAGAGAGAGAGAAGAAUCCCAACGCCGCGCGCUCUGUCUUAAUCUUCACGCAGUUUUCUGCUUUGGAUAUGCCCUCUCCUUCCCUUUUCCAUAUAUCAUUGGCAGAAGCAGCAGAAUCUCCUUUUUACUAUGAGGAUCAAAUAUCAAGGACUCGGUGCAAUUUCUGGAUCUCUGUUGUUUGCGUUUUUGCUUGUUUCUGCUUCUACUGCUUGUACCCAUUUUCAUGGCUGCCUCUGGUUUGUUUCCUGAAAAUGGUGGCGAUACUAAUUUGAAGGAAAGCGGCAGCAAGAACAAUAGCAACAGCCCAUUGUCAAUUAGCAACAGUAAUAGCCAUAGCAGCGCCAGCAGAAAAGAAGAACCCAUAAGAGCAAUACAAGGGAAAGGAAAGAUGGUGAGGAAGAGGAUGGCCUGUGAGAUGAUGGAGGUGCAAACAGGGAACCAAAACCAGAGGUGCUAUCGCAGGAUCAGCGCUCUUCCAGAAGCCAAUAUUAUUGGCUUCUGCACCUCUUCUUUGACUAAUGUUAUUAACCCUAACCAAAACCCAAACCCGAACCCAUACCCACCAGUGCUCAACUACUCCACUAUGACUAUGCUACCUUCUUCCACAAACUUGACCCCUAUGACGUCAGGCGGGUCUGUAUCUGUGUCUUUGUGUGGGUUUCUAUCCUCUACAGGGACACCCAACUUUUCUUCCAAUGACACCCUUUCAUCAUCACCUCAGCCCCAGGCCCCAGCCGUUUGUGGCUUCUCUGGUUUACCCUUGUUUCCUUCUGAAAGAGAGAGAAACCGAAACGCUGCCGUUCCACUCGUCAUUACUACUACUGGUACCACUACUGGUGCUGCUACUACUCCUACUCCUUCCAUGGAAGACGCCUCUGCCACCGCUUGGAUUGAUGGUAUCAUUAAGGACCUCAUACAUAGCUCUACCAACGUUUCCAUUCCUCAGCUUAUUCAGAAUGUCAGGGAGAUUAUCUUCCCUUGCAACCCCAGCCUCGCUUCUCUUCUCGAGUACAGGCUUCGUUCUCUAGCUGAGCCGAUGCCCAAUUAUCCGGUGGAUAGGAUGAGGAAGGAAGCCCUUCCCCCACGGGACUAUAGUAAUCAAGGGCAAGCCUCUUCUGGGCUCACUCUCAAUCUUGAAAAUGUUACUAGUUAUUCUUCGCUACCAGAUUCUACUGCGGCUGUGGCUCCGGUUCCUCCUGUUGUCAAUCAGUACUCUGGCUGGGGAUCCACGCCAUCACUUCUCUGCCAAGGGAUCAACCAGCAGCCACAUCAUCAAGUUCAGCUUCUUCAUGAUCAGCAACAGCAACAAGGAAGCCCCUCUUCUACUUCGGUUACACCACCUCUUCUUGCAUUGAAUCAAGGGCAUCCACAACAACAUGAACAGGAAAAAUCUUCAUCAGCGGAAACGGAACAAGUGGCCACUACCGGUAUAGUGACGACGCCAACUUCAGUAGCUGCUGCUGCUGGUACUAGCGCCAGAGAGAAAAAGGAAGAGUUGCGGCAGCAGAAGAGGGACGAAGAAGGAUUGCAUCUUCUAACCUUACUCCUCCAAUGCGCGGAGGCCGUCUCCGCAGAUAAUUUCGAGGAGGCAAACAAGAUGCUGUUAGAGAUCUCGGAGCUGUCCACCCCUUACGGGACGUCGGCGCAGCGGGUGGCAGCUUAUUUCUCCGAGGCAAUGUCCGCGAGGCUGGUGAAUUCUUGCUUGGGAAUAUACGCGACGCUACCAUCAAUGCCGCUGAGCCACACCCAGAAGAUGGCCUCAGCAUUUCAGGUAUUUAAUGGAAUCAGCCCUUUCGUGAAGUUCUCCCAUUUCACGGCGAAUCAGGCCAUACAAGAAGCAUUCGACAGGGAGGAAAGGGUGCACAUAAUAGAUCUGGAUAUCAUGCAAGGGUUACAGUGGCCGGGGCUAUUUCACAUACUAGCAUCAAGGCCUGGUGGACCUCCUUACGUGCGCCUUACAGGGCUGGGGACCUCCAUGGAAGCUCUGGAAGCAACUGGGAAGCGUUUGUCUGAUUUUGCCCAGAAACUGGGCCUCCCUUUUGAGUUCUUUCCGGUGGCCGAAAAAGUUGGAAAUUUAGACCCAGAAAGGCUAAAUGUCAGCAAGAGGGAGGCCGUGGCGGUGCACUGGUUGCAGCACUCCCUCUACGACGUCACUGGUUCCGAUACCAAUACGCUCUGGCUGUUGCAGAGAUUGGCACCGAAAGUGGUGACAGUAGUAGAGCAGGACCUGAGCCAUGCUGGGUCCUUUCUGGGUAGGUUCGUGGAGGCCAUACACUAUUACUCGGCGCUGUUCGACUCGCUGGGAGCGAGCUACGGGGAGGAGAGCGAGGAGAGGCAUGUGGUGGAGCAGCAGUUGCUGUCCAGAGAAAUACGUAAUGUGUUGGCUGUGGGAGGGCCUUCGCGAAGUGGAGAGUUGAAGUUCUAUAACUGGAGGGAGAAGCUACGACAGUCUGGGUUCAAGGGCAUUUCUCUCGCCGGAAAUGCUGCCACUCAGGCCACUCUUCUUCUCGGUAUGUUCCCCUCCGAUGGUUACACCUUGGUGGAGGACAAUGGCACUCUCAAACUUGGUUGGAAAGACCUUUGCUUGCUUACAGCUUCGGCUUGGCGGCCGUUUCAUGUUACGACCACCACUGCAAUGGCCGCGUCAGCCACCAGCAUCCAUCAUCAAUACCUUAAUCAGCGGUUUGCUACUGUGUAGUAGCUGUGGAUCAGUAGGCUGAGAGAGUAUGGAUGGUGGAUGGUGGUAUGAGUUAAGAUUUGUUGUAGACAAUACCAAUUUAAUUGAAUAGUUGUUCUUUGUGCUUGUUAUAUGAUUUGUCGCCUUCAUUAAUGGAUGUUGAAUGUGAAUUUUCUGAGGAAUUUUGAUUUA